AGGUAACUGCUGCUGUGAAUAAAACUGAAUAGAAAUAGAACUGUCUUCAGUAAAUCUGGUUUGCAUUCAGUGCCAGAGAAAUAUGGAGAUUAUUCUUAUUUUUAUUAGUAUUUUUAAAGGCAUGAAAACUUUGGUGGCCACCAUUGGGAGCUGGAAGGCACCAGGACAGUGUGUGUUUUGUCCUGUGUUGUGAUCGGUCAGUGUGUUCAUCACUGCUGCCCUCAGUCUUCAGUGUGGCCACUAAUCCUAUUGUCCUGUUGAGCUCCACUAACAAGCUCCUAAUAUAUUUAAAAGGGAUCCAGUGAAUAUGUGCAGCACCACAGAUGCUAGCUAGAGAUGAUGUUAGUGUUUUUAGCUCAUGCUUUGGAUGAAGUGUUGGGUCCCUUUUCAAAGCCUCAGCAGCUUUACUGAAUGGGUGGUGCAAAGACUGUAGCAGCUGAGGACACAGUUGGGUGCUGUGUGUUUGCUGCUGUGUGCCCAGGCCUCUCACAGCUCUGUCACCGAUGAGGACGAGACGGUGCAGCUGGAUGUCUGCAGGUGAACUGAAGCGUUGCAUUAAAUGACUGUUCGGAGGAAACAAACCCCACCUAAAACUGUGCCGUUGCCCCACCUUACUGUUUUUCAUUUUCGAAACAUCUGUUUUCCAGGCCACAGUUACCACAGUGUAUGCACGAGUGCCAUUGUGGCUGUGAGGCAGUAAGCCGUGGUGACAAUGAUGUGUUCAUAGCUGUGUUCAAACACACAGAGUACCCAGAACUUUUAUCCCCAGCACAUUCAUCAGAGAGCAGGGCGUCAUUUUUGCACAGAACAGCAGAACUAAAUACACAUAUACUAGCCCAGUAGGUGGCAGUAUUGCAGAUGACUGUACAACAACAAUAGCAGCAUAUAAAACAGACAGACACCUGCAGCAGGCAUCAGAGAGCAGGUGAUUGUGAUUUCCUGUUGAUGGGGUCAGAAAGUCAGUGCUAGGAAAGAGACGAGCAGUAGAUGCAAGACCCCGCUCUCCCAAACACAAAACAUACAUACACACAUACAUGACAUCAACAUGUUUGGGCCCCUGUUAGAGAUCAGAUCCUGUCCCAGCAGCAACGUUCCAAGUUCCUGGAAAAUGUUUGUGUGUUUGAAUCAGAGGGAGGGAGCUGGCAGAGUUCACAGAAACAUGAGGCAUUCAUUUUGUCCCUGAGAAGAGCACAACACAUCGAAGUGUGUGUGUCUGUGUGUGUGUGUGUAUCAGUAGCUUUGAGCUCUGUGAUGUGAUCUGGCUGCAUGGUUAGGGCUCCUCCUCUUUAGGGAGGGCAUGGAUGAGUUGUGUGUCUCAGAGACAGGAGGUGAAGUGUGUCUUUAUUUGAGCUCUUGCACAGUUUCCUGAUUCAGCUCCUCCCUCGUUGUGACUUUACUUUCUGUUCUAAUCAUUCCUGUGAACAGCUAUGCAACGCUCCCAGAUGUUCAAGCGGAAGCUGAGGAGACACUGCAGGUUUACCCCAAAGGUCAAGUGUUUCAGUACCAUGCCAGUGUAGGUACCUACACCCUAACCUUCCUCCUCCAGAGGGAGGGGGACACAGGGACAGACAGCAGGGGGCGCUGCUGUUUACCGGAGGAAGUGAUGGAGCUGAGGAGGCUGAUGGAGGGUCACAAAUCCACCGUGAGUUCAGGCUUCCACUCGCUGGAGGAGAGAACACAAGGGGACGACUCGGCUGCUGUCAGUCAAACAUCCUGUACCAGUGGAGGUCUUUGUCAAAGAGAGGAAAAAGGGUGGGAACACCAGGGCACAGCAGCUGCCCGCACUGGGAGGAACAAGAAAAACAAAAAGAGAACUGCCAAAGUCACAAGACCUGCAGCAGAGUCUUCAGGAAACCAGAGCCGAGAAAGUGCACGGAGGCCUCGCACAGCAACAGGAAGUGGAACUCUCUCACCAAGACAACGAGCAGUGGCGACCGUGACUAAUGUCGGAGGAACACAAGAAACUCCAUCACCCAUAAGGCCAGUAUUGGGACCAGGUGUUGAAAGGAAGUGUGCUGGCAGGAAGGUGGUUGCCUUGCCUACGGCCAGUGUCGUAGAUAAACAGGAAGACCAGAAACAGGAAGUGGAGCUGCCGAUGCGUAAGCUGGUGUCAAAGACAGGAAGAGACACACAAAGUGUCAGCGCAGAAAUCACAGUGGAAUCAGCUGCAGAUGGGACAGUGGCCAUGGGUCAGGAGCAGUCCCAGGACAGUCAGACAGAGCAAGAGGAGCCAAGCCCAGUCGGCACUAUGGAGAAAAGUCCUUCAUCUGACCCGGGAGCCAGCCCCGAGUCCACACAUGCUGAAAGGAAAGGCAGGAGAGUGCUAUGGCGGGAUGGAGGCUGGACCGGAAGCAUAAUGGGACCAGAAGCAGCCGGAAAAACCAUCUGGUAUGAGGAAGAAAACUUCGGACAAGUUUCCAGUGAAGAUUCCGGGAGAACAGAAGUGAACUCGCAGUCAGUCUGGUACGACAGUGGCACCACGGGUGAGAGAAUCCCCGGACAACUGGAGCAAGGAGUGACACAGAAGAGAAACUGCGAUGCGAGCUCACCUCAAGCUUUAGGUCUUAGUUCUCCACAGCUGUUAGAGCAGGCUCUGUCUGCAGCUCCUAGUCAGUCACAUGCUGCUGGAAACCUGCCAGCGCUGUCACAUGGGCCACACGCACAAAGACGGGAAGUGCAGCGAGAGGAGGAAGUUAGGUCAGACUGGGAGAAGGCAGGAGUAGAAGGAGACAGAGAAGAGGCCAGUAACAGAGAGACAAGUUUCAGCAGAAGGAUUUGUGAAACAGCAGGCGCUGAAGAGGGAGGAGAAAAACUAGCAACGAGCAAAAAACGCAAGAGAAAGAAGAGGGGGAAGAGAGGAGGUGGAGAAGCCAAACUUAGCUCCUGCUCUAGUACAGAAUCUCAGGGUCACACAGAGAUUCAGUCAGAAAGCCAAGAAGCAACAGACCCCGGCAUCCAGUCACAGACGCAGAGGACAGACGAUUGCUGCCUCCCUGAUUCUGAGCCGGCCCGGAAGCAGGAAGCCGAUGAUGAUGCCAUGCACCUACCCGGCCACACGGAGAUCCAGGCCCGCAGCGCUCAUGGAGCUGGCGGUGAUGUUACAAGCUCAGACUCUGGUUUCAUUGCUGAAGAGCUCAGUCACACUGAGCAUCUGACAGCACACUCCACUCCAGUUACAGCUUCACACACAGAAAGAAGAAAGGACUCAUUGGAGGAUGAGACCGUGAGCUCAGAAUUCGGUGAAGCAGACGUCAGUACGGUGGACAUAAAGAUAAAUACAAGUGUGCAGCUGGAGGCAACACAAGGACGUGACCCUGGAGAGCUGGAAUCACAGAUGCCUGCCAUUCCUGUCCAGCCAGCACCGGAUAAUGCUGAUCUUGAGGCUCUGCCACCAAACGAUGAUCUGACCGUUACUUGUACAGCCACAGAGUCUGGGAUCCAGAUCGAGUUAGCGAACUCCAAGUAUCCAAAGGAAUUUGUUAAACAGUCGGAGGAUACAGAGCUCAGGGAGGAAAAGCCAGGACACUGUGUGGAUCCCACAGGAACACCAGCAGGACUUGUUGAAUCUGUGCGUCCCACAGAAGCUGCUUUUGUACCAGCUGACGACAGAGCGGAUGUUGCUCCCCUUCACAUUCAGGAAGGAAGCACUGAGAGCACUUCAAGGGAAUAUUUAAAGCAUUGUUUGGCCCCUGAGAUGCUGAGAGGUCAGCAGCACACGGAGAAAAUGAGACAUGACAUGUGGGUGGGCGUAGAGGGAGGAGUUGAGGAAAGAAGCCAGAGUGGUGACGAGGACAGUGCCACAGAGGCGUGCUCCAUGGAGCGAGGGCGAGCGGUGAAGCAGAACUAUGAUGAAGAUGUGGUUGCUGCUGCAGUAGCUGUUGUAGCAGUAGCAAUAGCAUCAGCAGUGGUUAGCAUAGAAGUUAGCCAACAUUUAUUAGACAAUAUGUCAGAGAGUCAAGUGUGUGCUGGCAAAGAAGCAGGAACCAGUCCAUCAUUAGCUAAGGGGAGCGGUGCAGUCGGCCUCAGCACGACUCAGUGCUCACAGCUGGCACCACAGCUGAUCGCCAGAGCUGACACAGAAAACCAGCCUGCAGCACACUCUCACUCUCACCUCACUAACCACAUCACAUCUAUAAGACAAGUGUCUGCUCACACAGCAGAGGAAGCACCUUCUGCAGAGAUAUCUUGUAUAACUAACAGAGACGAUCAGGCUAACAGUGACCUACCUUCAUGUGCUGAAGCUCUUCAGUUACCAAAACAGCCCAAAGAGGAAAUUCAAAAAGAAAGUCUGCACAGCAAAGUCUUUACAUGCUCACCACCUAAAGAAGAAGAUAACAAACCUUUGCCAGAGGUGAUGACAGCUAAGGCAGACGGAGAGAGCCAGUCCCACUGUCAGAAUCCACUGCUCACAGAUCAGGCUGCCUGUCCUGAAGAGGGAGAUGGACAGCAGCACUUUCAAACAAGAGAGAUCCCCGAUCAAGACGGCGGUCACUCUGUGGAGUGCAGAGAUGCUGAGUGGCAGGAUAGAUCAGAAGAUAGUGAGUGCUGUGCAGACCUGUCAGCCUCACACUCUCACACUCCAGGAAAGGAGAGCCAGCCACAGCUGGUUAUAAUGCCACAUCAGAGUGGUUCAGCACUUCCUGUUACCCCCAGUAACCCAGCUUCCCUAACUAGUCCCACUCCACAGGAAACUACUGCUCCUGUGGAAUCAGCUGAACUUCUGUCAUCAGCAAAUGGCAAUAGUCUUACUGCAAGCCAUCCUGAAGCUGACGGUGGCACAAACCAAAGAGAAGCUCACGACUGUGUCUGUGUGAACCCUGAGGAUGGUGUAUUUAAAGGUCUGGAUACGGUGGAGAAAGGAGGAGAAGUGGAGAAGCUCACAGUGGAGGAUGCAUCCCACACAGGAGCAGCAGAGCAGGAGCAGAGAGGCUGGGACAGCGCACACACUCUGCAGAUCCAGAGAGAAGGCCAUGUGCUCUGUCCUGUACAGCCCAGUCUUGAACACAACGCAAUAACACCAUGUACAGAUAUUCACACAGACCGAGGAACGUGUGUGUCACUGUGUUUGGUGCAGGGAGAGUCGGCGGUGGAAGAUGGCCUGAACGUCACUCCUGAGCUGGAUGAUGGUCUAAUUCACAAGCCUGAGGCUCCUCAGACUGGUGUUGGGCACAUGGACAGCCAGGCCUGUGGCGCCCACUCCUCCACUAGUAAUGCACUGAUGCAAGAAGCUGUCAGUCCCAGCAAAGCAGCUUUGUCAGUGGACACAUCUGGCGCUGUGUCCCCUCAGAGCUCCACACUGUCCUGGAUGUCAGAAACAGAGGACAGAGGAGGAGGAGGAGAAAGAGGAGGAGAGGUAGAGGGAGGAGGCGAUGAAGAAGAGAAAAAAGACCAGCUUCCAGAAACUCCAGUGUUAUCAGCCGUCUUGCGCACAUCCAGUCGCUCCUUGUCUCCGUUGCGUCGCCAUAGCUGGGAGCCGGGCAGGACCAACACAGCCACACACAUGGAGCUCUCACAGAGCAGUCCGCCUGCCCCUUCCUUCAGCUCACUGAAGACCGUUUCAGGAGAGGUGAAACAAGCCAAGACCCCUCUCCACAGAAGAAGUAUGAGCUGGUGUCCAUCCAACCUGGUUUUUCCUGAUCAGGAGCAAAUAGACAGCAGAAGCCACAGUCUAGAAAGUCUAGAAGUGGGCACAGAAGUGGUGCAGGGCCAGACACAGUGUGCCAGCAUCAGUGAUCAGGAGGUGGUGGCUGCAGGCAGGAGUUCACAGGUGGAGAGCCUGGACAGGGGGUCUCUGGCCUCCCUAACCGAGGAGGAGCAGGAAGGAGACAGCAGCAGCAUUGAUAGCCAGACAUCAUUGAUUGUCAGCUGUCCUGCCAUCUUUCAUCAUCCAACUCUCACCAAAUCCAUCUCCAUGGUCACCGUCACUCAGCGGGACGUACAGGGUGUGAACUCAUUCUGCAGUCACUCUGGGUCACUGGCAUCCAGUAUUUCAGAGGAUGAGCCAGGUCCCCUGCAGAGCGAAACUGAGGGAAAAGGAGGGCCUAAAAUUGGUCGGAGAUUCAGCUACCUCCGCAACAAGAUGAGCAAGAAAGUCAAGGACAAGGAGAGGAGGGGGGAGGGUAAGCAGGAGAGCAAAGCACGAGAAAAGGCCCCCCUGUGCCCCCCCGGCUCCACGCUGUGUCAGCACAGCGGCAGACUCCUGUGCAAUAAGGAAACGUUCUCCUGCAACAACUGUGGGGUCCUCGUCAGUGACAGAUCCACGGAGAGCCCGUCUGUCUGUGCAAAGAACAGAAUAAAGCAAGCGGCGGUGCCAGAAGGCGUUCCUGGGUCGUCUGUUAACACGAGGAGUAAAACUACAUCUUCUACAUCAUCGCUGUCGUCAAGGUCCUCAUCGUCACGUUGGUCAACAGUAACAAUGCCCAACGACCACCUUCCUAUGCUGUCUCCGAGAAGAAACCGCAGAACCUUCAGCCCUCACAGCAACCUGGCUAAGAGCAUCUCCAUUAGCAACAUACCAUCGUUAGACGAUGCUGCACUCAAGCGCCUCAAAGUGCUGUCCCAGUCCACCGACUCUCUCCAUCAGGGGAUCAAAGUCAACGCUUCAACUGAGUCUCUCACUGAUGAAGGUACUGAGAUCACUGAGACCCAGCUGAUGGAGUUUGAAAAUGACAUUAAAGAUCUGGCAGCUGAUUCUUGGAGCGGUAUGGUGGAUAAGAAGUUCUUGAAGUCCCUGAAGAAAGAUGAAGUGAAGAGACAAGAUGUCAUUUAUGAGCUGUACCAGACGGAGGUUCACCAUGUGAGGACUCUGAAGAUUAUGUCGGAAGUGUAUCACAAAGGCCUUCAGAAGGAGCUGCAGCUUGAUCUUCAAACUCUGAACAAGAUUUUCCCUGUUUUGGACGAUCUCUUGGAGUUCCACACAGAAUUCCUCUCAUUGCUCCUGGAGAGAAAAAGAAAUGCAUCAACCGAGAGACAGAAAAGCAACAACUUCCUCAUCUGCAGCAUUGGAGACAUCUUAGUUAAACAGUUUUCAGGCUGCAGCUCUGUCCGCAUGACGAAAGUUUAUGGCAAGUUUUGCAGUCGCCACAACGAAGCCGUCAGUCUGUACAAAGAACUGCACGCCAAAGAUAAACGCUUCCAGGCUUUCGUCAAGAGAACAAUGAGCAGCAGUGUUGUGCGGCGGCUCAGCAUCCCAGAGUGCAUUUUGUUGGUGACUCAGAGGAUCACCAAAUAUCCUGUUCUGAUCCAGAGGAUCCUUCAGCACACCAAAGAGUCAGAUAAGGAGCACGGCUUGGUUUCUGACGCGCUGCGCCUUGUGAAGGAGCUGAUUACGGCUGUGGAUAAUAAAGUCAACCAGCAGGAGAAGAAACAGCGCCUGAAGGAGGUGUACAGUCGCACUGACAGUAAGUCCAUCAUGAGGAUGAAGAGUGGUCAGAUGUUCGCUAAAGAGGACCUGAUCAGAGGGAGGAAGCUGCUGCACGAUGGAGCGCUGCAGCUGAAAAACUCUGCAGGAAGACUCAAAGAAGUCCACGCCAUGCUCCUGACAGAUGUGCUGGUCUUUCUUCAGGAAAAAGACCAGAAAUAUGUAUUUGCCUCGUUGGACCAGCGCUCCACGGUCAUCUCCUUACACAAACUCAUUGUAAGAGAAGUGGCAAAUGAGGAGCGAGGUCUGUUUCUGAUCACAGCUGGCACAGAAAAGCCAGAAAUGGUGGAGGUGUUGGCCAGCAGCAAGGAGGAGCGCAACACAUGGAUGGCCAUUAUACAGGACGCUAUGCAGUGCAUGGAGAAAGAUAAGGAUGAGGGACUCCCAAGUGAGACGGAAGAAGACCGGAGACAACAGGAGAACAGAGCAAAGGAGAUCCGCGAGCUUCUGCAGAGGAAGGAUGAGCAGAUUAUCAGUUUAUUGGAGGAGAAGAUACACAUCUUUAGAGAGCUGGGUAACUGCAGUCUGUCUCCAGAGGAUGCUAACACAUCGGUCAUGGAGCGGAUGUUGUUCAGAGCCACACCUGAUAACGUCACCAAAGGAGAGCCGGUCAUAAAUGAUGCUGUGAGAGAAGUGGAGGCCCUGCAUGCUUUGGUCAGCGGAGGUUUUGGUGCAGCGGCCUGCGGUCCAGUCUGCCUGCCCAGACGAGCGGAGACGUUUGGAGGCUUCGACAGUCAUCAGAUGAACAGCAGCAAGAAUGGAGAAAAGGAAGAGGGCGAGGAGUCAGUGGACCUCCGCAGGACUGAGUCCGACAGCGUGCUGAAGAAGGGAGCCACUGCCAGCCUGCAGACCCUGCUAAAGAGAAACAAUGAACAGCUCCAGCGCAGUGUGACACGUCUCCAUGAGCUGCUCAUUUCCCUGCAGGCUGUGGUCAUCCAGCAGGACUCAUUUAUUGAGGACCAGAGGCAAGCCCUGAGCAGCCAACUCAGCACCACCUCCUCCAGACAGUCCAUCUCUUCCUCCUCCUCCUGCUCCUCGCUCUCAUCCUCAACUAGCUCGCGCCCCUCCUCCCUCAUUGAGCAGGAGAAGCACAGGAGUUUGGAGAGGCAGCGGCAGGAGGUGGCCAGCCUGCAGAAACAGCAGGCUGCACAUCAGGAAGAAAAGAGGAAACGAGAGAGAGAGUGGGAGCUGAAAGAGAGAGCUCUGGCAGAUCGGGAGGAGAGGCUGGGGGAGGAAGAGGAGCAGACGAGGCGGAAAUGUCGGGAGCUGACAGAAGAGAUGCAGAUGUUACAGAGGAGCAAAGAAGAGUACCAGAGAGACGUGGAGUGGCUGAGGGAGGCGCAGAGGAGGCUGGAGAGAGACGAGGAGGCUCUGAGGAGAGACAAUCAGAAGGUGGACGCAAAUAGAGAGCAGUUGGAGGAGCUUCAGAGGUACCAGCGCACUCCCUCCACAAACUCAGACGACUCCUUAAGGUUCCACAGCACCGGGUCCCUGGAUCUGGAUUUAAAAGAAAUAGCAGAACAAGCCAAAGAGGUGGAGCUCUCAUCCUCCGCCCCAACCAAAGAACCUUUCCUCCGCAUUGGAUCCAAGAGGAUGAGCAAAAACUUCAACCCCUUCUCCUCUAAGGCUCAGGGAGCAGAGAAGGAGUCCCAGCUCCCCUCCAGACUACUUCAACUGACCAAAUCCAAAGAGAAGAAGGAGAAAAAGAAGAAAGGAAAAGGAGGGAAGGACGCGCAGACAGAAAACAAAGGUGCAGUGAUGUUGGAUUCUCCAAACGACAGUGACUUCUUCAUCUGAGGAGUGAACUCCUAACACCCAGUCGCACAGCUGACAGUGUGUGUCUGUCUCUGUCUGCUUGGCCCCAGACAUUGCCCCAGCCUUCCCGUCACACAGACUGUACCAUCAAAGGUCAAAGGUCAGGCAGGGUAACACACUGACUUAGCUGAAGUCUUUCCCAAGGUAACAGACUGCUCUGGAGACUAUCCUGCCCACGCUCCAAUAAUGCCAAACUGGAUGGAUUCAGAAGAGUUUGUCCAGCAGCAGGUCCGAACAUCGACAGCACCUGAGCCUGGAAAAGCUUAACUUGACCAAUCAGAAGCAAGAUUUCUUUUAAGUGUUGCUGAAGCUAACUUUUGUUGCUUGUUGUGCACUCCUUACUUGUAGAACACACACACACACACACACACACACACACAGCAGGUUAAACCAUCAUUCAUUGUGAAUGAAACAGACCCCUUAAAUUAAAAAAAUCUGUGUUUAUUUGAUCUUGAGCUGAAGUGCCUUCCAUGUGUCUGGUACAUCACUGGCAGCAGGUAUACGUGUAGCAGCAGUUAAUCUGAUUUGUAACAAAGUACUGAUGAAAUGUACAUUAUACAGAGCUGACCCUGCACUGUUUACAUGUCAGUGUAUCAAGCUUCCUGCUCAUUUCAUUGGUCCUUCAUUUCUGCCCAAGCUAUCAUUUCAGACCCGGCAGCAACAUAUCUAAAGCAUGCACUGACCCGGGCUCUCCCAUCACAGUCACCAAACUCUUAUACGCUGAUUUAAAUUCAACUUAAGAGUUUAAUAACGAAACUGGACAUUUUAUUAGACAGAUGGUUCACAAACCCAGCCAAGAGUGAAAUCAAAGAAGGACAACUGUUAUAUUAGAACACUAUAUACCUCUGCAUGUGGACAAGGGUCCACUCUAACCCCCAUUUCUAUUGCCUUUAUUCACCCUCACAAAGCCCUGCCGGUGUGCAUAACACACCCAUCAUACACUGGACACCCACAGGCUCGUGUGCUCCAUCCACCUGUGUGGGGAAUGACAGUCGAGGUCGAGACAUUGCUUUACUUACUGCUGCACUCACUUGUUAUGUUUACUCUACAUGAAGCUUAAUAUUCCUAUUCUUUUUAAUAGAAGCACCUGACUCUUACUAAACAGCCCAAUGCUGAAAAGUGGAACAAACACGUGAGAAGAAGACUUCUGUGAUACACACCACUGGUUUGAAUCUGCUUGUGUGCAUUCCCCUGUGUUGACAGCUGCUUCUCGUCAUGACAAAAAUGGCGUGUCCUUGCUGAACUGCUCCUCUUUGAACAACAGAUAACAGAGCCAUUACGAGGAAGCCAGUCAAACAUGCCAAAGAGAAGAGUCCAUUAAAUAUUCAUCACUUGUGCUUCUGUUUUUCUGCAGCGUUAUGUUUCCAGAUAACUGGAUUCUCCCAGUGCAUCACACAGGGAGGCUCGCUCAGGGCGUGUACAUGAUUAUAUGUAGCCUUCAGUGUCAUAUUUCCGAGGGCGGGGUUAAUGCAGCAAAAGUGCUUUAGCUCUGCUCUAACCAGGUAGUACUCUAACCAAACAGCAGAGGUGAGAACAAAAGUUAACAAAUAAAACCAACACUGAAAGACUGACACUCCUGCAUUACACUUUCAAGCUCGUGGCGCUCCGUGACGCUGCUGUAGUGUCUGCUCACAGAUAACAGAGGACAGAGAUGGCAGCACGGGAUGCUCGACAGUGACAGCACAGUGGUUUAACAGAGACGUGAGGAACUAGUCAGCAGUAAGAUCAGGUAUAUAAACAAUACAUGCUUAAUUGUGUAGUAUUUUUACACCAGCAGCAGUCUGACCUUUGUUUACACGGUCUCUUUGAAUAGAGGCUGACGAGAUUUUGAUGAGAGGCUAAAGAAGCAUUUCUGCUAAUAUCCAUUUCUUUUUAGUGCAGUAAUUCAAAAACUGCAGAAAUAGAGGUUUAAAAAAUAGUUUUGCACUUGGAUGGAAGUAUGUGUGGGUGUAGUAUAUGAGCAGCAGGUAAAUCACUGAGAAGAAACCAUUAAGGAUGAUACAUAACAAGCCCAUUAAUACAUUAGUCAUGUUUUUGUGUUGAGUGGCACAAAUCAUGUUAACCCUGUAAAGCCUGAACCAAUCAUUACUAGAAAAUUACAUUUAUAAAACAAAUGUAGUUCAUUAAAACUACUGACAAUUUUUCUUAAAGAACUUAAAUAUAUAUAUAUGUGGUUGUUUUUAUUUAGGUUUUUUUUUUUACUAUUUAUUGUUGAUUUGUUGAGCAAGUUAUUUGUUUUUCGGCGGGGAGAAAGUCUCAAAGACUCAUCUAUCAAAUAUGAAACAGUUGGCAUUAUAGGGUUAAAGACACGUUUCACACUCACAACCAAACAGAUGUUCACUGAUGGAUUUUAGUGGAGCAGACACUCCAGCACCACCCACCCACCACACAGCAGUACAGUGUUAUCAGUGUACACUGAUCCCUCAACAGACAAGCUCAGUCACUGACACUGCCUCUGUGUUGUUCCUGUGCACUAAAAAUAUUUCUAAAACCAUUAAAAAUUAAAGUUUCACCAUCUUUCUCGCUGUGUGUGGGAUCAUCUUGAAAGGUUUUUGGAAUAAAAACACGAGGUACAAAGUUUCUGUUUUAUUUCCAAAGAAAAAAGAUGGAGGCAGAGCAACACAUUUUGUAAAUAUGUACAAAUUUCAAGUGAGAGAAAAGCUUUAUUUGUCUACUUUCUUCCUGAUCUGGAAAUAUAAUGUUCAAUCCUAAUAAAUUACUAUGCUAUUG